AAAAAGCGCGUCGUGAGGCCCCAGAAAGCGUGCUUAAACACAAGCUUGACAUGUGCUCAAAAAAGGGCGAUCUAGCCGAAGCUCUUAGACUAUACGACGAUGCUAGAAGGAAUAAUAUCCCUCUUAGCGUCAACCAUUAUAAUGUUUUGCUCUAUUUAUGCUCUUCUGAAAGUAAUGGCGAGGAUAAAGAAGCCAAGGAUUUAUUCAAUUUAGGUUUGGAGAGGGGUUUUGAAAUACUUAAGCAAAUGGUUAUCGAAAAAGUUACGCCAAAUGAGGCCACAUUUACUAGCGCAGCUAGAUUGGCUGCUGCUAAAGAAGACCCAGAAAUGGCUUUUGAUUUGGUGAAGCAAAUGAAGAGUAGUGGAAUUCCACCGAAAUUGAGGUCCUACGGACCGGCAUUGUUUGGGUUUUGCAAGAAGGGAUUGGCUGAUAAGGCAUAUGAAGUCGAUGCACACAUGGCUGAAUCUGGGGUUCCGGCUGACGAGCCGGGGCUUUCGGCUCUUUUGAAGCUUAGUUCCGAGGCCAAAAGAGUGGAUAGAGUUUAUGAAAUGAUGCAUAGGUUGAGAGCUACUGUGAGGCAGGUUUCAGAAGAGACUGCUUGUGUUGUGGAGGAUUGGUUUAGGUCGGAGAGCGCCACUGAUGUUGGGAUGGAGAAUUGGGAUGUGGAGAAGGUGAGAGGAGGGGUUGUGAAGGGAGGAGGUGGGUGGCAUGGGCAAGGGUGGUUGGGGAUUGGAAAAUGGAGAGUGGUGAGGACUGAGAUGGAUGAGACUGGCAUGUGCCAUUCGUGCCAUGAGAAGCUUGUUUGUAUUGACAUUGAUCCUAGGGAGACGGAGAACUUUGCUAGUUCUUUGACCACAUUGGCUUGCCAAAGAGAGGCUAAGGCCGAUUUUAUGCACUUUCAGGAGUGGCUUCAGCGGCAUGGUCCAUUUGAUGCAGUAGUAGAUGGUGCCAAUGUGGGCCUUAUUAAUCAAUACAAUUUCAGCUUUUUCCAGGUAAAUUGUCCUUAGCUUGUCUACUUAUUUUUGUGUUUGAAUAUUGGACAAUAAAUUGUUGAAUAUUGAGGAUAGGCUUAAUGGAGAAUCU